GAUUUUUAUUUCCAAAAGUUUUUAUUUUUUACUACAAUUUGGAAUUUCCAAGUAACAUAAAUAUCAAUCAAGCUGCAAUUAUUGUUUUUUAUUAAAAGUAAUAAUAAUUCUAAUAAAAAAAGUACAGACCGAACGUUACACAUCUGAAGGUUUCUGUUUCAUAAUGAAAUGCUUCCAAAUUAUAUUUAUAGUCCUAUAUAUCUUUUGUGUUCACACUCAUCGUGUACGAGCGCGUGAACGAGAAGAAUUUAACUCCUAACUCUUGACUUUCUGAGUCUGUGAUUUUAAUCUGUGGGUGAUUUUUAAUAAUGCGCGCGCGCGCACAGAGCAGUGAUAAUGUCGAUGUAAAUGUUGUAUGUGGGGCGGCAGAUGAUCAGAUUUAGAAGAAUGAGUCAUAAUAACCGAUCAUCUUCAUCCUCUCGGUGUUGUUCGUGAUUCAUUGACUUGAGUGUUUGCGGCGCUUUUGUCUCAUGUACCAUUCAAACGCUGUAACGCGCGAACCGCUCCACUGCGCAUGCGCGACUUCACCGGGACCCGCUGUCUGCAUCUUAAAGAAAACACGCGAGCCUUAACAUGUGUGAUCGACACGAAAGAAAACCCGACACAGCCGUGAUCGACAUGAGAGGACACGCGACACAGCCGUGAUCCCGCUCCGGUUCGGAGGAUGUCGGGCGCGGACGGAGCCGUAAAUAAAGUUAAAGUCAAGCGACAGAUCAGGACCAUCGUGAAGGAUCUCGAGAACAUCUUGGGAGACCUGAAGGAUGUAGCGAAGGAACUCAAAGAGGUGGUUCAAGAUAUCGACUGUUUGACAUCAGAUCUUCGUCUGGAGGAGGAGAUGAUUGACAGCUCGAGGACGGACACACUCAACAGCACCUCCACCUCCUCCAGCAUGGACAGGAUGAAAGUGUAUCCGGAGGAGAUGCUCUUCAGACCCUCGUCUGUGUCCUCUGCCAUACUCUCAGUUCUCAAGAGACCUCACCGCCCCCUGCCUCCGCCCCGCACCACCCCGUCCAGAGCCGAGGAUCACUGCGACGGCCCGUCCUCGGAGAUACAGACCGCGGUUAAUGGGCUGCCAACACAGAACGCCACUUUUCCAGCAAACACGUCGGGCAGAGACUCGCAUCACGGCCUCAAAAGUACGGUGCCGGCGCCGGCUCCUCAGUCGAGGCACGUGAAGAGCCACUGUCCUCAGACCACCAGAGAACGAGUCCGCUUCAGCGAGAAGGUCCAGUAUCAUGGCUACUGUCCCGACUGUGACCUGCAGUACGACGUGCCCGACACGGAUUUACACUUCCACACAGACGUGAUCAAUGUCAAAGUGAGUCCAAGACAUCAGUGUUCACCGUCACCGCCGUCUCGAAGCCUCGUGGAGAACGGCAGCAUCAUCUCUUUCCCUCUUCAGAAACCACACAAAACCAUCCUGCGCAAGUCCACCAGCACCACGGUCUGACUGAAGUUUAUCUCCAGAGCUCCGUCCGCUUCAUCUGAAGAUGGCAUGCAGACAGACAGAAGCUGGAGGUGAUGAACGCAGAUCUCAUCAUGAGCAUCUUCACGUGAAUCUGAUCUGAAGCUGGAAAAUCACACUCAUGUUCCCACAGCUGCUCCACACACAGAUUCAACUCAUUCUGUCGUCAUCCUGUGAGAGACUCUUAAGUGUGUGUGUGUUUUUGUGUGUGUGCGCGUGUGUGUGUGAGUGUUCCUGUGUAUCUCAGUUGAUAGAGCAUUGCGUUAACAACGCAAAUUUGUGGAUUCGAUCCCAGGGAAGACACAAUGAUAUGUGUAUAGACUGAAUGCACUGUAAGUCGCUUUUGAUAAAAGCAUCUGCCAAAUGCAUAAAUGUAAAUGUGUGUGCACGUCAACUGGUUUGACCUUCAUUAUAAGGACGCACAGUCCUUACAAUGUGGUGUGUAUUCAUGUGUUUGGCCACGCCCCCUACAUUAUGAGGACAUCCCGAUGUCCAAAUAAACAUACUGAAAAUGUUUUAUUGAAAAUGUAAAAGUGCAGAAACUUUUGAAUGAUUCUUAGGAUUAGGGGAUAGAAUAUACAGUUUGUGCACUAUAACAUAUGUUACAUCUAUGGAGUGUCCCUGUAAACCACCAAUACCAACAUGUGUGUGAGUGUGUGUGGUCAGAAGAGCUCUUAUAAUGCUGCUGCUAAUUCUAACAUAAAGCAAACAUGUUAAGAUAGAUAAACAUCAGGACAUGUACUCACUUCACUUCAGCGUGACAUUAAAUGCAGUGCUGAGCGCUGUCUUCACCUCUCACACAUCAAACACUUUGUAAAGACACUACGUUUUUCUAAAGAAAACCUUCAACUAUAUUAAGAGCAUAUUUUUGAUAUUUUAUCAGAUGAUUUUAAAGAUGUCAACAUUUUUGU